AUGUAAUUAGAAACAGAGUUGACCGAAUAUGAUGUCUCACCAAAUUCAUCAUAAAAUUCUCCUAAAAAAGAAUAUAAAUAGAAACCAUCUAAUAUUGGAGGGAAAUGCAAAGCCAUACUUAUGGUUGUAUUUUAUCUUGGUACAUUGUUCACAUUUAAUGGGGAAAUUAUUUUUUUUAUUGGGAUUUAUAUGUUGAUGCUCAUAAAUAAUAGAAAACAUUUAUUUGAUUUAGUUUUAACAAUUUUAGCUAUGACUUUAAGUAUUGCUAAUCUAUUUGUUGAGUAUAAUUUAUUAGGAAUUUCUUAAAUAAUUAUGAGUUUUGAUAUUUUAACAUUUUCUUUUUCAUAAAGAAUGAUAAGAGAAAUUAAAUUGGUUUGGUCUGAAAUAAAAAAUUUGGCAAUUACUAUGUUUUUUGUUUUAUGUUUAUGUGCUUAUUCAACUACUGCUUAUUAUGAUGAUUCUGAAGAUGAUGAGAUUGAAAUAUUUUAUGGGACAUUUGGUAGGUCAGUGCUUACAUUUGUAUAGGCUCUAAGUUUGGAUGAUUGGGCUUAAAUAGGAAGAGAAUCAGAUGAUUUAUUUGGAUAUUUUAUAUUGUGUAUAUAUAUUCUACUUAUGACAUAUUUCUAUUUAAAUAUAAUGAUGGGUAUAUUGAUAGAAACACUAUAAUUUGAGAAAAAAGGUAAUCAUUUAGAUGAUCCAUUUAAUUAUGAAAUUAAUUAAUAAUAAAUAUUAUCUGAAUUAGUUAAAGAAUAGAAUUUAUUUGAUAAAUGUAUAAUUGGUAAUUAUUAUGAAUAUAUUGUAUUCAUAAUAAGUUUUGGAGCAAUAUUUAUAUCAAUACUUGAACAUUUUGAUCAUGGUGAUAGUACAAUAGAAUUGGUAAUAGAAUUAAUAGAUGAUGGAUUAUAUACAAUACAUUUUAUAAUAUUAAUGUUAAAGAAAGGUCCAAUUUAUGAUUUAGAAAGAAAAAAUAAAACUGUAAUGUUUUUACAUUUCAUAGCUGGGUAAAUAUUUAAUAAUUUAUUUAUAUUUAGUCCUUUAUCUUUAAUUUGUUCAUUUAUAUUUCUUGAAAUUGGUUGUCUAUUGAAUUUACUAAAAAUUGCCACUACUCCAUCUGUAAAAGGAAUCUUUGUAGGAACUAUAGCCAUGGUGCCUUUAUUGAUGCCAUAAUUUGCAGAAUUAUUUGGAAUUAUAAUGUUUAUUGCUAGCAUUUUAACUUCUAAUUAUUAUGCAUAUACAGGAUUAAAAUAAUAGGAGUAUUUUUCAUCUUUUUGGGGUUCUUUUUAUACUCUUGUUUAAAUCAUGACUUUAGAUGGUAUUAUAUUAUAAUAAAAAGAUUGGGGAAAUAUAGUUGAACCAAUGUAUUCAAAGCAUGGAUUUAUAUUACCAUACAUUUUGAUACCUGCAUAUAUAUUUUUAAGUAAUUUUAUCAUUUUAAAUACUUUAAUUGCAUUGAGUUGUGAAUAUUUUGUGGAAGUCAAAUAUUAUUCUAUUGAAAAAGAUUAAAAUGAUGUUAGAUGUUCUCAAUUUGUUGGUAUCAAUGAAUUGAAGAAUUAUUGUAAAUAAAAUUAAAGUAAUUUAUAGUAUCAUCAUACUUAAGUGCACUUUAAUCUCCCCAAUGUGGUCAUUAAUCAUCAUGAUGAAUUAAGUUCCAAAAUUAAAUCAGACACCAUAAUUUAAAUUUAAUAUGGGAAUCUUUAAUUUACUGCUCAGGUAAUAUAAUAAUCUGAUGCAUUAUGAU